AACUUCACGUCGUGAAGUCAACAGUUAGUCAUCGUUUGCAUUUGUUCAUUUUUGUUGCGGAUAAAUAAUUAUUCAAGUUAAAUCCAACACGAUGAAGAUAGCUAUUUUUGGCGAUUUGAAUGUAUUCGAACUGGCCAUUCUGAGCAGUUUGAUGCCAUCUGUAUUCAUCUAUUUGUGGACAUUGAUAACCGGUGACAUUAAGAACUUUGAGGACAGCAAGCGAGCUUAUUCGGUGUACACUGCGAAGGACCCAAUUAAUUGUUAUCAAAACUAUGUAGAACCAAAAAAGGAUUCAUAAAUGUAGUAACGAUAAGAUAAGAUAUUUGUUAAGGUUCUAAGAACAUACAUAUGUAUGUGUGUAUGUACAUAUAAUUUGUAUUAAAUAUCCACUUGCAUAUCUGAACAACAAACACCUGUUAAUUAUAAUUAUAAAUCAUCCUGCCUAA